AUGAGUGCCCUUGAAGGAAUGAAGGAGUCUGGGGGGAAAUCUCCCCUGAACAUGGAGGUCGGACUCACCCACGAACGAAAGAAUGACUUAGAAGACAGGAGGGUCUUCAUGGGAACAGAAGUUCCCAUGGAUUUGGGGCUUGGAGUGGGAUUAGGAAAAGAGGAUUCCCGAUGCGGGGAGAGCCCUGUGUUUAAUAAUAAAUAUGGGCGGAUGGCAACACCCGAAACAAAACCUCCAUUGAACAAGGGGCUUGAGAUGGGAUUAGAAAGACAUAAUAUUUCUAGGACCCCCAUGGAAAGGAUUAAUUUAGGAGUCAACAGGGUCUCAGUCUCACAGGGAACAAAACCUCUGGAUAUGUUGCCAGGAAAAAUGGGGUUAGAAAAUGAGCGUAUUCUGGCAGGGUGUCCCAGUGGAAGGAUAAUACAGCCUCCCUUGGGCAUGGUAUGUAGAAGUCCACAGGCUGUGCGAAGUAGGAGAGGUCCUGUGGCUAGUGGACCUGAAAGGAUAGAGGCUUUAGUGGGAAAGCAGCCUGCUUUGGGUAUGGAACCAAGACAGGAACUGGAAAAAGAGUCUACCUGUGUUGUGAUGAAACCUAACACAGAGAUGAGGCCUCCUGUGGAGGUGGACAUUGGGCUACCCCAAGGAGAGGAGCCAGAUGACACUAAGAAUGCAGAGCUCCAAAUGGGCCUGGUGAUAGAACAUCCCCAGCACAAGUUUGUCCAAAAACCUGAAGAGAAAAAAGAGGCUGGAAACACUGAACGAGGAGUGGAACAUCCAGAUUACAUCAGACCUAUAUACUCUGGGAAAUUUUUUGAUCGGACACCUUGCUGGCCAAGUGCAGGGAAAGUUAUUCCAGUUGGACACAGAGUGGCAACCUGCUUGACUGAAAAACUUCCCAGACUAGUUACUCCACCUGAGGCAAAAAAGUACUUCGACUUCAGAUAUCCACCUCCUGGAGCGGAAAGAGUAUUUUAUGGCAGAGCAAAUGAUCCCCAAAUUGCACCUUAUUUGACACAUGGAAUAAGAUCUAAAAUUUCAAUACCGGUGAGCACAUUGAUAAAUCCAGAGCCUAUUACCACAUUUCAACAGAAACUUAAAGAUAAAAAAGAAUCUAUAUAUUUUAGCAAUCAAUGGGCACCAUUAGGAAAAUGUCAUGAUCAAACACCAGGAUUACCUAAAGGAAUGGAUAUAAUCAAUACAACAUUUGGGACAGCAGUCAUCAGAGAAUUCUCUGCUACAGAUGUGGUGAAUCCACCAAAAUCCUAUGAAGAAGUGUUUAAAGAAGGAAAGGAAGGACAUGAUUUGUAUGUUGUUUCUCACAAUGAUUAUUAUGUAGGAGAAGCAAAGAAUCGAAAGUAUAAUCCAUCAAGUUUCAAUAGGUUUAACUUGUAUGGAGUCCCAACACCACAUUUUAAUGAUGGACGAACCAUGGCAAAAACUUUAUACUGGCUCCAUGAACUACAAAUGAAAAGAGGAGCUAAGAUUGUAUCCAAGAGAGUCGAUGAUUUCAAAGAAAAGUUUCAACAUAAACUUGGAAGAGUUUUAGAUCCCAUUGCAGAAACAAUGAAUGUUCCCCCAGACCACACAUUUGGAGCUUGUCUCCGUCCUGAGGAGUAUGGAGUUGGUGAUCUUAUCCAUAACAGACUUCCAGGUGAAUACCUUCGAGGCAAGGAUAGACAGCGAGCCCUGAUUGCAGCAGUUCGACAUCACUUGAAGAAAGUUAAUUACCAAAACUUUGACACUUUGCUGGCAGCCUUCAGGCAUUAUGACAAGAAGGGAGAUGGGGUGAUAGAUAAAGCUGAGCUGCAGGAAGCUUGUGACCAGGCCAACUUGAAUUUAGAUAAGAAGCUCCUGGACCAGCUAUUUGACUACUGUGAUGUGGAUAAUGAUGGCCUCAUUAACUACCUAGAAUUUGCAAAUUUUCUUAACUGGAAAGACAAAAUGCUUCUUAAAGAGUAUGAAGAGAGGGUCAUUAUUAAAGGUAGAAAACCAGAUUGUGCAAACCCUACUGAGGCUAAUGUUGAGGAAUCUGAACCAACUCUCCUGAUAAAGCCCGAAGAUAUUGUCUUAAAAGAACCAGGGAGCUCGGAAAAGACUCUCCGGACACUUCUGAGACCAAGUGAUAAAGUUUCUAACUACUAUAAGACAACUUCUUCUGAGAGCAAUGCAGUUGUAGGAGCUGUUCCUUCUGUUUGUUAUCCUAUCUAUGGCGUUCCAACCAUCCGAUCUGAUAUUCCUGCCCCCCGAAUUCGUCGCAUCAGUGAUAGAACUAGUUAUGGUGAAGAAGGCAAUGCUUAUUCAUUAUUACAUCCUACCAUCUUUGCCCGGAAAGGAGUGUUUGAAAGAGACUUCUUCAAGACCAGAUCAAAAGAAGAGAUUGCAGAGAUAUUAUGUAACAUUGGUCUCAAGCUUUCUGAUGAAGAAUUUGAAAAUGUAUGGGAUCUUGCAUCAAAAAAACAUCACAGGGGAGAAGUUUGUGUUGAGAACAUCAGAAAUGUUCUAGAUGAGCUACAGCAUGCAGACCGGAUCAAGUGUAAAGCAACCAUGUGA